AUGGCCGACUCGUUCUCUAUAGCCCAGGAAGGGCCUUCGCAUGGUAUCCCAGCGCAUUUCCUUCACUCACCCGUUGACCGCGAGUCCGCCCGUCUGCCUCACACAAUCUCCCAUCGAGGAUUCAAAGGCCAAUACCCCGAAAAUACGCUCCUCGCGAUCGAUGAAGCCAUCAAGGCUGGAACACACGCUCUUGAACUCGAUCUUCAUAUAUCCCGCGAUGGAGUGGUCGUUUUGUCCCACGAUGCAAGCCUUCGGCGCUGCUACGGAGUGAAGAGAAAGGUCAUUGAAUGUGACUGGGAGUAUCUACAGACUCUACGCACUGUCCAGGCUCCCCAUGAGCCCAUGCCCCGGCUGGUCGAUGUGUUGGAAUACCUCAGACAGCCGGGCCGCGAGCAUAUCUGGGUCAUGCUUGAUAUCAAGCUCACGAAUGAGCCCGCCGGCAUAAUGCAACGGAUUGCCAAAACCAUCGAGUCAGUACCCAUUCCUCGAAUUGGGCCCGACUGGCACAGACGAGUCGUCCUUGGAUGUUGGUCUUCACGCUACCUUCCCGCCCGAACACAGUAUCUUCCCCGAUAUGCCGUCUCACUGGUGUGUGUCGAUGUGAGCUAUGCCAGGCAGUUCCUCCAGGUGCCACGGCUAUCCUUCAACAUCAACCAGAUGGCCUUGAUGGGGCCGCUAGGUCGAGGAUUCUUAGAAGAAGCCCAAGCGGCUCGGCGUCGAGUGUAUGUCUGGACGGUGAAUGCCCCCAACUUGAUGCGUUGGUGUAUCCGACACAAGAUCGACGGCGUCAUCUCCGAUGAGCCAGGUCGAUUCCGACAAGUCUGCGACGAUUGGGAGAAGGAACACUCAGGCGGACUAUGUUUGCCAGAUCCCAAGUUGGAUCGGAUUUCCAUUAAACAGCGGUUACAAAUCUACGCUGUGGCACUCUUUGUUAUCGUAUUUGGCUGGUUCAUCAAACGCAAGCACCUCCCUCCUCUUGAACGGGUGCAUUUUGAAGAACGCAAGCUGGAAUAG